AUGGUUGCUUGGACCCUAAAAACGUUUCUCGGAUGUGGUCUCGGUCUACUUUCUCUCGCUGGUCUUAUCGUAAAUUUGAUGGUUGUGAUUCCAGUGUUUCGUUUGGCUUUCGUCCAAAACAAGAGCCCGAUCUAUGUGAUUUCAUUUAUAAAUAUAGCCACUGACAUUGUGAAUGUUUUAAUGUCAACUUUCUAUUUGGCACCAUCCAUUAUUUUCGAGACCUACUUUUUCACUGAAGACAAAACUGGAACAAUUCCAAAACUGAUGGGGUCCACUUUCAUGUUCUGUUGGUAUCUAGGAUCCAUGACCCAAAUUGUCAUGGCUGUCAACCGUUUUAUCGUUAUCUGCUUGAGAAGAAGUGACCUGUUCAAUCGCAGUAACAUCUGUAAAAUAUUCUGCAUUCUGAUUCCGUUGAGUGCCUUUUUGAUGUACAUGGCUCAAUAUGGAACUCCAUGUUGCUUUUUUGUGUUCGAUCAUGUUGUUCUAUCCUAUUCUUACUACCAAAUCGAAGGACUUGACAAUUACCCGAAUAUGUUUAUUGACCUUCCACUGAACACUGCCACAUCUGUAAUUGCGACGUUCUGUUAUGCAAUGAUCGUCUGGACUGUUCGCCAAUCUACCAAAGGAAUAGCUGCUUCUCUCACAACUCAACACAACAGGAAAUCCAGGAAGAACCGAGAAGUGACAUAUGCCAUGCAGUUCUGUUUCAUCUCAAUGUUCUACACCUUCUCAUGGAUAACUUUCCGUGUGUUUCCAGUAGCAAUUGGAAAUCGAGGAUUAGAAUGGUUCAUUUGUAUUUCCGCUGGGGUUACUAUAAAUAGCAGUGCUAAUGCGCUGGUCUAUCUUAUCAGCAAUCAAGAGGUUAUGAGGAACUUAAAAUCCAGCGGACUCAGCAUCUUCACCCGUGCUUCCAACUCCUCUGAUGUGGGUAACAAUUCGACAGAUGGUCAUAGUGUCGUUCGUCACAGCCAUAACACGACUACCAAUACAGCAUCGAAAUAUUAA